GCCUUCUGCUUUGUACUGCUGUACUACAACCUUCCUUCAAUUUGCAAAACCUGUCCAGCACACCUGCCCUUGAACCUGAACGAACGCAUACAUCAUGAAGGCUACGUCGCUGUAUAUGCUCGGGCUAUCAACCAUGGCAGUUUUCGCCCAGUCGCCGCCACCUGCAGAAUUUGGUUCAAGUCUUGACAUUGGAAUCGUGCUCUACCCGGGCUUUCAACCUUUGGACGUCAUUGGACCUUCCGACAUCAUGCUACUGCUUUCCGCCAGCGUGAAUAUGACCAUUUCUUUCAUUUGGAAGGAGGCCGGCCCCGUCUGGGCCCGCUCGCCGGCCACGCAGCUCCCGAUCCAAGCCCCGAGUUUCAUGGCCACGCACUCGUUUGCCGACGCUCCGCCUCUAGACAUCCUCCUGAUCCCUGGUGGCGGCGGUUCGCAAUAUCUGAGUGCAGUCAACGACACGGCCGUCGAGGGCUUCAUCCGCGAGCGUUACCCGAGCCUCAAAUACCUCCUUAGCGUGUGCACCGGGGUCCGCAUUCCUGGCUAAAGCGGGCGUUUUGGACGGCCGCAAAGCCACCACCAAUAAGGCAGCCUGGUCCUUCCCGACCAACUUUGGUAAUAACGUAACCUGGGUACCUACGGCGAGGUGGGUUGUGGAUGGGAAUAUUUGGUGCAGUUCUGGUGUCUCUGCCGGAAUUGACAUGGCAUAUGCCUUUUUCUCAAUAAUUCUUGGCUCGCAGCUGACCGGCAGCGUGAUUAACACUCUCGAAUACGCACCACAUACGAACAAGGACUGGGAUCCCUACUCUGUAGUGCACAAAGUUCCCGGCGCCGACACUUCUCGAUCUCUCGGGGAGUGUGUCGGUCCUGCUGGCUACGAGUUCAGCUGCAGCAAGGAGUAGUUGGCCGAAUAAGUUUAUACACGGCCAUUGGCGGGUUUUUGGAUUCAAAUUUAUGAUUAUAAUUUUGAAGCUAGAAAUAGUCCAUUGUAGUUACGUCUUCGGAACAAGGAGAGAAGAGCAGGGCAAUAAGUCGGCAACUUCGGACUAGUAGCGGCCUUUUCCUGUCAGGAAUUGUCUAUUUCUUUCAAAUGAAAAAGACAGCAAAACGUCGGCCCAGAGAAUUACGAAACUCAGUCUACGGGUGGAGAGUAGCAGUAAGGUUAGCUGCGACAGGGUCUAUAACUAGCAUCAAUAUGGAAACUAGAG